UUUUCCAUUGAUCCAUCAGAUUCGACAAUAUUAGAUAAACAUUUUUCGGACACAAUUGGGUACACGGACGUGCCCCUCCAACCCCCAGCACCUCGAGAAGCCUGGCCUUGGGGAGAGGAGGAGCAAAACGGGCCAGCCAAUAUUGAAAAUGAUCCCCCCUCCCACCCUGGGUCCCACCCAGAGACGGAUGCGCAGGGUUCCCUUGCAGUGGAGAAUGAUGAUGCCGCUAAUCUCCAAUCUCCUCUGUCACCGUCUCCACCCUCACAGGCCCCCCCGCUCCCCCUGCCCCACCACCCCCACCUGCACCCCUUCGUCUCAGGUGGUAGAUUUGCCUCUUGAUGAUAUAGCUGUUGAUGAACUGUUUGCUCCUCCGCGGCCAUCACAUGAUGUUCGAGUGUCCUCCCUGUGUGUCCUGGCAGACCCUAAUGAAGUGUCUCAGAGAUACAAGGGUGCUGCAGUCAAUUUGUCAUCAUCUGUGAGAUCUUGCCUUGUGGUUGGUGUGGGCCUUAGACGUUAUGAGUUAUUUGGUACCUCCAGUAGCGACAGGCAGGAGACCUGUGAUGUGGGCCUAGUGCAAGUGCUGAAUAAUGUGAAUCAGGCGAGCCAAAGGAAGGCAGAGACUUUAGACAUUAUGAAGUUAGACUCCUCUAGAAUAGGGUCUGUAACGGAAGAGGAAAAUGACAAUGACUGUAUUGCUGUGGAAUCUGAGUCUGCCUCCUUGAGUGAUCCUGCAGUUGUGUCUACCUCUGUGUCUGCCGGCCAACAGAACUUUGUGCCGUAUCUGUUAGUGUACGACCUCAAUGUCAUGGUGCCGCAGACAGCCACCAGUAAUAAAGUGGCGGCGAAACCUGUCAUUCAGGGCCCUUACAAAAAGUCAACUGUGAAAGUUGGAACAUUUGGGCAGUCCAAUAUCUCGUACUCGAAAAGCAAACAGCUAUGGUCAGAUCCCUUAGCAAACGAUAUUGAAAUGUUCUUUGCCCCACCAAAUGUGUUUGUGAAAAACAAGGGCACCUCCCAAGUGAGCUCGACCUCCACAUCUAAGUCAAAAGCCAAAGAUAGUCAGGUACCAGCUGAGCCCGAAUCAAAGAAUGACCUGAAAAAGGAACCCAAAUGCAUCCAGUGUAUUCCCCUACCCCAUAAAUUAAACAGUGUAAAGUUGCGCCUUACAGUGGACCACAUUGUGCCGACCACAUGCGGGGAGCACAUCAUCGUGACCCUAAGCAGAAGUGACAACUCAGGCACCAGUGCCAGCUCAGGGAGCAUGACUGCUUCUGACAGCAAUGAUGGGGCGGUAGGGGGGUCGCGGGAAGUGUUCGGGGCUGUGAUCAUCUACAAGGUCUGCCGGGGGGGUGAUGUGGUCACCCUGCAGGAGGAGCCCAUCAACACCAAGCUCCUGACCUCGUUGGAGACGGUGCCCAAGAAAUUGUUGGUUCUUCCUCCUGAGUAUGGUGACAACGAAAGCAGCCUGUCGGGCAUGGCUGCCUGCAUCACUGUUGACGGCUCACUGAGACUGCUGUCCCUCUCCAACCUCGAGUUCCUCCACCACCUUGCGCCUCCCCCUGGCCAGCCGUACAACAACGCUGUGUAUUGCAAUAGUUUAGAAAGACUUUGUGUCAGCUGUGACGAUGGCAGAGUAAACCUAGUACAACUUCGGAGAGGGACGGAACUGGGCAAGGAAACAGACAGCACCUCCUCGGCCUCCGCACUAGCCAGCUCCACACCUUCAAACAACGCCCCGGCUCUCACACGGGAACCUGAACUUAUGCCUGGUGAGCUCCUUGUGAAUCAGGGAAUAUCUGAGGAAGUAUUGGAUAAGUGUGUGGAGCUUAUUCAGUUCCAGACAGGGUGUCCCAGAUUUGUGGCAACUGUACCUCCUUGUUGGUCUGAGAUCAUCCAAGCUCAGAAGCAGAGACGAAACCCCCAGCACUUACAGCAGCAUGCGGAAGACAUGGAUACAACUCGUACUUGGCGACUGGAAUCAGAUAGCUCAACAUGGGACGAGCAUCUAUUUGAGCUGCUUCUGCCGGCUGGGGCAGGUGGCACAGGUGGUGUUCAGGUGGGACACAUUGAUCUCAAGCUGAAUUUUAUCCCUGGACCACCUAACCCACUCCCAGUUCUUCAGGUGACCUUACUGCGGCAGAAUCUGACUACUCCACGACGUCAGAACGCUCAGCAGGGCAGUACCUCCUCAAAUGCCACCAGCAGUGGCUCCCCCUCGCAGACUCAGGCCUCCUCCUCAUCCAAUAUUCCUGAUGACGUGUUAGAAGAUUACCCAGAAAAUCCAGUUCUGACAAAGGAGUUCCAGUUCACCCACAACGCCGAAAUCCUAUGUGGUCCUGUGACAGUCAACCGAUGCAUGGACCUCUCUGGCCAGGGAGCCAAUGUCACCCUCACCUCACCCAGUCUGCUGGCUUGCCGCACCAGGACGUACCUUGUGCACAUCAAAGCUUUACCGCCAAAGCUGCAGCAACAACAGCAGCAGCAGCAACAGGACCUGCAGAAGAACAGUGACCUAGACCUAGUGACGCAAUACAUGCCCCCACAAUCAUCUACCUUCUUGGACCGCCUUGCUGCCUCCUCAAAUAAGCGUGUUGAAUUAGUUCGUGGCUGUGAUAUUAUCCAAGAGCUUUCCAUUACUGUUAGAUGCUGUGCAAAGACAACCAUUCUACAUGACAGGUUGCAGAGACUAUCAAUUGUGGAAAAUGAAGCUUUCCACAAAAACCUGAUCGAGGCUGUUAUCUCCGACAAUUCUUCUGACCACGUUCGUCACCGAGCCCUUGACCUUCUGCUGUGGAUCACGUCAAUACAUACAGCAGCAAUCGAUGACCGUACCGUAAGUGUUGGAAUUAUAACACUGCUGCAGCUGCAUCUGUCAGGAUUAGUGCGCUCCUGUGUCCUGCUUGCUGACCGUAGCAUUGCACACAAAACUGCCAAGAUCAUAGUGACUGCUUUGGAGGGGUCGCGUGUCGUGGAGGGAGGUUCAGUAUUUGGCUGGGCAGUGCUGGAGGCCCUCCUGGAAUGGCUAGAUCACAUCCUACAGUGUCAGAGUGCUGGGGCUCUCCACUGGUUCUUCACACUGCUGAAUCACGUCAAGUGGUGCAACCCUUGGGGCACAGCCAGGAAGGUUACUCAGCUGUUGUCUACUGUCUCGGAGGCUGUCAGCGGGAAGGUGGAUCCAUUACACGCAGUAUUACAAACAAAAUUUAAUCUCUAUGGAACGCCUUUUGAGAGGGAACUCUUCGACAUUGAGCCUCCAUUACUCGCUAAGCAGACAAUCAAUGGUAACAAUGUUGGGCAUUCAGGCCCCAGCCACAGCACAAGUAAUAACAAUAACAACAACAAUAAUAACAUCAGCUUUGGAAGCUCUAGCCUUCAAGGAGGUCCAGGUGGAAGUGUGCCGAGCUCCUCGUAUACAACCUGCAAAAACCAUGGCCCUGGGACCACAGGCGGCUAUCCAUACUCUGUAAUGGGGCGGGAUGAUAGUGACAUUGGAGGUCUCCUUGGCAGAGGUGGAGCCCAGGGCAGUGCAUCCCUUGGGCUGACACACACCAGUGCUCUCUGUGGCCUUCUGGAAGUUGAGCCACUGCACUUUACACUUCACAUGGCCAGCGAUGGCACCAAGAUGGAAAGGGCCUCAUCAGGUACAGGUCACCCUGGCAGUCCCUUCAUGAUGCAGCCGUUCACAAUCCCUGGGGGCCUAGACACCAGUGCCCUCUCCCAGGUUGAAGCCUCCACCAGCAGCGGCACAGCCAAGGCAGUCGAUGUGUCUGUCACCAUGCUCCACAAGGCAGUUGAAGACAUGGCUGUAAAGAAUCAGGCUCUCGAGCUUCGACUAGCUAAGAAGGCCACUAAAACUUAUCUAGAGAAGCUGCAGACUCUCAGUGACCAGUUAGCGUCAAUGAAACACUGCCUUCAAAAGGCCAAGCAGCGCACACAGACACUGGCCAAGGUGGUGGCAGCAGAAAACUCACAGGCAGUAGACCCUUUGCUUCCACUAGAUGUCGAAGGCAAGGCCAACGACGCCAAGGAGGAGGCCAGUACCAUCUCGUCACGCAGCUCAGACACCACCCCAGACCACGAUGGAGUGAGUUCAUGCCUGCUCCCUGAGUGCGACGAUGUCAUGGACUCAACUGCAGUGCAGUACAUUGGCAAUGGGCACGUGGGCUCAGAUGUAUCUGGCAAGAUUGACUUUGGGUUGACUUCGCUGGAAAAGGACGAAGACGACUCCAAGCCAUCCAGCCAACAGGGAUCCAACACCAAAAGGAAGAGCGAGGAAGAUGUCAGUUCCCUAGAAAGCAAGUCAUCGACACCCUCUGCGGCCCAUCCACAGGCCAAGGAGAGUACAAACACUGGGAAGAAAAUUCCAUCAGCUGUCCAGGGGUCACUUGGAGCCCCCUGGCAGCAGCUGCUCUCGCUCCCACCGCAGCAGAUGUUGGUCAUCGAGAGGAUGCACUCAGGGGCUCGGAGAUUUGUGGUUCUCGAUUUUGGAGCGCCAGUUUUGCUCACAGACGUGGUGAUCCCAGCUUGUGGUGAUUUAGUGUCACUCAGCAUUGAUAUCUGGAUGACAGGAGAGGAGAUGGAUGGUGAGAGGUUGGUUGUGGCCUCAGACAUUGGAAUGAGACCUCUUAUUCUUGCAGAUUUGCAACCACCACCACUCUGCAGGUAUCUGAAGGUAACAACAUUGGGAAGAUAUGGCAUGAACACCUCAUCGCAGUGCAGAAUACCGGUUGGCGCUUUUUAUGGGCACACACUCAUCCUCCCCUGGCAGCUGCAAGGGAGUCUCCCACCUCCUGGUAUUGUCAACAAAUUAUCAGCUCAGACGCAGCUGACAGUCUUGAGCAGCGUUGUGGAGGACAUUGGAUGCCGCUACAGUUUGGCCUGCAGUAAGCUCAGGUCUCUGCUGAACCCUCUCCUCAUGAGCCCCACCGCACCAACGGGCCCCAAUUCAUCCUCGGGUCUCUCAGAGCCCCCCUCCAUCGGAUCACGUGAUGCUGACUUGGAGAGAAAAAUCACACAAGCUUACCAGGAAUGUAUGCUAGAGCAGCAGCACCUCAACUUGGUCGUGUCCGUGAUGCGUCGUCUGCAGAGAGUGGGAGGCAGUGGAGAGGGGAUCGCUGGACAGUUUUCCCCUACUUCCUCAGCUUCUCGAGACAGCAAACAACAGUUUGUGACAGCUGCAAACUGUGCCUCUGACAAACUGGCCACUCUCAUGCAGUAUCUGCUCAAUUGUCUUUUGACAUUGUCCCUCCCAAUACCUAGCAUGUCGGUCCCACACAAUCUGAUGGAAUGGUGUGGACCAGAGCAGGCAAGAGUGCUUGUGGAGCAAGUGUGUGUGCGAGGGCCAAAGGGUGCGCAGGUGGGAGUUGCCUCGCUCCUGGCCCGUCUGUGUGCUGGACAACCCUGGUGGGGAGACUUCUUGGCCAGCACCAUGAUCACCCUCUUCUCCUCUAGCAACACCCUGCACUUCCCGGCCACAAGAGUCUUCGCCCUGCUCACCUUCCUGGGACAGAAGAGCGUGGGGAGUGGGCGCGGAAGCCAGGUAAUUGAUGCAGUCCUGCGUGUCCUGUCAGCCCAGCUUCAUAGCAGUGUUAGCCAGGUACAGUAUGGUCCUGUCCCUGUAUCAGCAGCAGGGCUAGACAACAUCUGGCAGCCAUGGCAAGUUGCAUCAUCGCAGGUGGACACACAUCUUAUCUCCUGGCUCUUGCUCUACCUCUCCCUCUGCCUGGAUGCUCUCACGCCCACACGCAAGAGUGACAGUGACAAAGGCAAAGAAAAUGGAUUUCAUUUUGUUGCAGGUGGGCGUUGGACCUGGCUGACAGCAGAGACAUGCCUGCAGCGGAGAGGUUCGGAGGCUAGCCGCAGUGCCCCUAGAGCCUCUCGUGACCGUCUUCGCAAGCGCCUUGUCUACCACCAAAAACAGCAGCUGGUGAAUCUCGAGACAGCUACCAAGUCCCUGGGAGAAGUCACGGCUGGGCAAGUUCUAGCAGGACUAAGUGGCGAAAUUUACCAGAAGCUGGACACUAUCCGGAGAUCCAUUGUAAGAAGAUACUCUCGCACGACUUCUGCCUCGUCGAGUGGAGGAGGAGGGGCGCGCAAGGACGAUGGGGAGCCACCGCAGGAUGCCUUCAUGCCCUUGGACCGAGCCAAUGCCCUGUCAGUGGCACACGGACUCAUUAAGUUGCUCAUGAACUCCAGCUCCCCCUGCUGUGUGGACUCCUUCCUCCUGACUUGCAAGGUGAUUGGAGGUCUUGUAAGUGUCACAAGGCCAAGUCCAGCCUUGACGGAAAUUGUGACUCGUACUCAACUGGGGGCUCUGUUGCGUCAUGCCCUCACACUUGACACCACCUGGGGAGCUCCUUGGGCCCUUCAUGCACUUACUUGCCUUCUGCAGGAUAUUCUUGAAGGUGAGCGCUUAUAUGGCAGUGUAGUCAUGAACACAGAGCAACACAGGGAAGAAGUAGAAAACUUUGACAUCGCGAUGGAUGGUGCACGGGCAGCAGCAGCUGCUGCAGCAGCAAUCCCUUCAACAUCAGGAACUACCUCAGCUGCUGCUGCUGUUGUAGCAGGGCCAUCAGGAGCUGCAGCUGGGCAAUCGGGAUCCUCAGGACCUGCUGGGCCUGCAGGGAAUGGAGUGGCACCGACUGUGAAUGGGUCAGCUGCUGGAGAAGGGGGCACUGGCUCCCCCCAGAGCAGUGCAUCGCCAUUAGGAGGUGCGUGCGUGGUCACCCAGAACUGCCAGGCAGACCAGUCAGCCACGCCCCUUAGCCCCCCUGUGGUGGGCAUGGCCACAGCACACUACACUACCCUGGAGGAAGAGGACAUACCUGGAAAAUAUUCCUUCCUUGACUUGGAAGACAGCUCAGAGAGUGAAGACAUGAUUGGGGAGUACCUUGCAGACAUGCCAGCCUUUGUUGGAGGGGCCUCGAACAACAGCAUUACCUCAUUUGAACUCGCAGUGUCAAAUGGCAAGGACUCCCGCAUCGGAGACUUGGUGGCGGGACCCCUGGCCAGCUCUCACCCUGGGAUGGACCACUCCACUGCUGUCGAUGCCAGGCUGGAGGCCGGAGUUUCACUCUUGUCUGAGCUUAGGCUGCAUAUGAUGGCUGCCGUCCACACAUCCAGGCUCAGUCUAGCUGUCACUGCGCCACUCAAGGUGAACAACGGCAUGUGGGGCGACACUGAAGUCUGUGGCCCUGGUGACUUGACAGGGAGCGUGGAACUCCUCACCGAUGUGUUCCAGAAGAUUCUCCUACAUCUGUCCAUGCAGUUUGACGGCAGCCACGUAGAAUCAGUGCUUGGGUUGUGGCUCAGCAUCAACUUGGAGCUUGCAGGGGGCAAGUACGCUCCCUCUGUUGCCCCAACUGUGCACCUAACACCAAGAGCCAUCUCAGCACUCUUGGCUGCAGUUGUCAGAAGUGGAAGCGUCAGCAUGCGGUGUUGGUGUCUUGUGCUGCAGACGCUUACACUCUGCUGCAACUAUACGCCACAGGAACCCACGGCGCCACACCCUACCAGCGCUGAUCAGUACGACCAUGUAGACUUGACUGGAAUGUCAAUGAAUAUUGUGACAGACACAAACUUUGUCCCAGCACUUCAGAAGCUUUUGACUGGAUCAUGUGCUACAGGCUCUGAUAUGCGAAGUGAUGUGGUUGGGAGCACUGUUACGGGACUCCUAGAAGACCUCCUUGUCCGGCUUCGUGUGAGAUGUGACGUCAUCAGCGUGACCAGUGGGCCUGGCACAACCCUGAAACACGCCCUGCUAAGUCUUGUAGCUCGACUCUUGGAGCCUCAGGGGGCCAUCUCACUCGCCAUGGGACCCCUUGAUGCCCAGUGCUGUCUCCUGGGCACGCUGCUGUCCAUGCAUUACGAUGGCUUGGACAGAAUGCAUGUCCCUCUUACCAUAAUCAGUUCAACAGUGAUUCUGGUACACGGCCACCUGGUCUCGAGCGAAGGGAUGACCUACGGGGCAAACAACCAGAAUGCAACCAUGUUAGGUGGACUUUUUGCCUCCGUGCUUGGAUCAGAUGGACGCCAGGGGCCAGCGCCUUCUCGUCUGGCCCUCCUGUGCUCGCUCCUCAACCUGUCUCGCAAACUAGCACAAACACCACUUGUCAAUCCAGCUCAGGUUCGAGUGGGAGUGGCAAAUUAUGAAGCCCAGGAAAACUCAGGGGGUUCCCUUACCGACUCGAGUAAAUUAGAGCAGCAACGCACAGAUGCCAGUUCUAGCCAGACCGAUGAACACAAAGCCAUGCAUACCCCCCAGACUUGCUCACAUGCCGCCCCAAACAGUGUUCCAUGCUUGGCAGAUACAGUAUUACAAAAUGGGGAGACGAUGCAGCUGCUUCUGAAGUCGGUGGCAGCUUGUGAGGGUAGUAGUGUGUCCAUGCUCUUGGGUACAGUAAGUGGAGAGGUCUCGGAGAAGCUGUGCCUAGGGGAGACCCUGACCGAUGCCCUCUACCAGCUCCUUCUCACACUCAAUGCCAAGGCCACAGCGCCAGACCUCAUUCUGAGACCUGUCGUGGAAUUCAUUACUCCAGGUGGGUGGUGGAGUCCCCCCUCACUGUCAGAACCAGCUCUCUGUUUCUUCACGCGAGUGCUGGACUGUCCAGCCAUACUCGAGAAGUUUGCUGCUCUUGGGGGCAUGAAGAUGCUUUGGGAAAACCUAGUGAGCAGUGUAGGGAUGAUGGGAGGUGGAAGGGGUGGCUUGGUGACUGCAGUCAUGAACCAUCUUGCUCCUCCUCUCCCGCCAUCAACACACAACACACCCUCGAACAAACGCAACGAGACAGUCGAACAGAACCAGGGUCUGUACAACUUUGCCCCACUGGCUGUUGUAACAUCAAGCAACCCGACUGCAAGACCUGCCAACGUCCUCGUGGACUCCAAUCAGCUGUUCCAGAGGACUAAGAGUGCACCCUGGUCGUACCACUUCUAUCCUGACGAGAGUUGGGUGGAUUUGAACUUGACAUUACCCUGUGCCGUACUGCUGCAUGAGGUCCAUCUGCUACCUCACACAGUGUCCCUUGUCUCAUGUCCAUCAGCAGUAUCAGUAGAGGUAGGUGUUGAGGGUGGAUACCUGAUGCCAGUGAGUGGCCCACUGAGCACUGCUGGCCUCUCUCGCGUCCGCCUUGUCCUCCCACGUCCGGUAGUUGCCUCGAUUGUCGUUGUGCGCCUCCAUCGUCCACGAGACUCCUCCACUCUGGGACUGUCUCAGCUCAAACUUCUUGGAACCACAACCUUCAGGGAAGCAUCUAGAGGCGUCCAUGAAACGGCCAUCAGCGAUCACACACCCCACCGCGCAAGCAUGUGGUGGCUCCGGCUGAUCCACCAGUGCAUGUGCCGCGUGGAGGGAGGCCUGAGUGUCGGCGUGGAGGCAGGAGCAUCUGUGUCGGGAGUGAUGGAGGCUUGUGUGACACUCCUUCUGACUCCACCAGGGCCGCUCCACCUUGCCCCUCUAGGCUCGGCACCACUGGAGGCUACCACACUGGCUCUUGCAGCCCUCUCGCCCCAACUGCUCCACACCCUGAUCAUGACGCUCCUCACACACCCUCUCUUACGCCAGCCAGCAGGUGGUAACAGCUUGGACGCAGCUAUAGCUCUCCUGUAUGAACUCUGUGUCGGGAACAGCAGUAUGGAGGGCGUAACAGUCUUAAUAUCAUGGCUGAACCACAUAGUAUUGCACCCUGCAACCCCCUCGCCAGCAACUGACGACUACCAUAGUCUGGGUACCUCCCAGCAGCAGCAGCAGCAGCGGUCCCCACAAGAACUGUGCGUGAAUGGUGGUGUUAGUGCAGAGGUAUUGCAUUGCAUUGCUGCGGUGCUGUGGAAUACCCCACAUGACACCACAAGCCUCAUAACGGAUGAAUUGUUCAGGCGUGUCUACGAGUGGUCAGAGAGAGUUGAAGGUGAAGUGAAGAUAGGGCUGGAUCACAUAAUGUGCUCCAUGUGCCAUGUGCGGCCACAGCUCUUCACUCAGCUACUGCUCAACAUGGCAGUGCUGACUGUGAUUGACAAUAACCAGUCAAUAACUGAUGACAGAAAAGACAGAGAAGCAGAGAUUCGGGCUGCCAGGACAGACGACAUGAAGGAAGGGGUGGAGGGCUCCUCAGGGGCGGUAGAAGGUCGUCUCAUCCUCCAGGACCCCAGCGUUAUCUCCCUCACACCAGCACACCUGCAGACCCUGGCCACAGUUGCUCAGUCUCCCCAGGCAAUACACCUGAUGCUGGAUUCUGGAUUCCCGUUGCUGCUUGUUCAUGGUAUUUUAGAAUGGUGCAAGACCGAAGUAUUGCACCAGGUAGAGAGCUGCACAUCCUCAAGUGCUGGGGAAAGUGCAACUGACUUGGAGAAAGCAAGUGUAGCCGAGAAAUCGCGCAAUGCGGAAGACACCCUCUCCUCUGCCACCCCUCAGGCCCCCCCACAAAUCAGGGCUGCUAUUGUCCCUACACUGAGCACAUCUUUGGUGGCACACACUCUGCACACCCUAGCUGCACUGUGCGCUGAGCCUCCAAUGAAGGACUGGCUAGGAUCUGCUGAGGGAUCUGUGUUCUGGUUACCACUGUUGACUGUUCUUGGUGACCCACUGGUACGAGGCAGUGAGCCAUUGAUGCGGGGUUCUGGUCCCUCUGGUGGAAGUGACAGUGACUAUAGCAGCGUGGAAGAUGCAACCAUCCAUCUGAUGAGGCAGUGUUGCCACAACCACCCUCACAACCAAAACCUUCUCGCAUCGACUCUGUGCCAUCUUAUCCAACGGCAGAACAUCCCCCCUCCAGGUGGAGUAAGCUACCUGCACUCUCUCUCUGGGUUCACACGUCGCCUAGUCCUUCAACUCCUCUUGGAGACGGAGCGUGUGGUGGUACACAUCAACAGCCCCCAGGGAGGCCUUUCUUCGCCCACGGGAUGCAGCCUCCCCCUCCUCACGCAGCACCCCAAGUUCGGAGCAGGACACAAGACGAGGCUCCUCAACCUCCCGACCACCACAACCAUGUCGGAUAUUGUCAAGAUGGUCACAGACUGGUCAAGAGGUGUGCUGAGCAACUCAGGAGACCUGGAGUUAGGCAGCAGCGGAGACAGAAGGGACGCGAAUGAGGUGGGCCACCUGGAGUUAGUGGACAAGCUCUCUGUCGCAGCAGGAGUCACAGCCAAGGACAAGAGGGAGAAGAACAAGGUCAAUUCGAGUAUUCACAGCAGGAUGUCCAAGAGAGCCACAGAGCAGGACAGCCAGUCUAGCAAGCCUGUGACAGCAACAUCGAGUGCCUCAUCAUACGUCUUAGUGCAUGAGAGCCUGGGCAGUUCCUCAGGACUACCUUCCACACUCACAGUGGCUCAGGUCAUGGCCGCUCUGCGUCAUGAGGGCCACCCGCCUUCCUCACACAUCACCCUCACUUUAACUAAUAGAAGGGACCAUGCCAGAGAAGGUGAAAGUGGACGAGAGGCCUUGCUGCUCUGUACGGAACCGCUACCAUCCACCCUGCAUGUGUUCACGAGUCAGGGCGGCCUCUCGCUCCUGGCCCAACACAUGUCGCUUCUUUACCCAGACACAGGACAGCAGCAGCCCAACAACACUGCAUCAGUGCGAAGUGGCAACGGCGACAAGGGCGAGAUUGUAGUGGAGAACGACUGGGUCAGUGUGGAGAUGAAUGACUAUGAGUCUGCAAACGUGUUUGAUUACCUGGUGAUGGGAGGAGGGAGUGGGGGCUCCCCAGGGCCCAUGGGAGGGGGCACAGUCAGCCUGUUAACGCUGCCCUCCAUCCCACCCCAUGCACUCGGGGCCUUCACCCUUUUCCUGCGGCUCCCAGGCUAUGCAGAGACGCUCCUCAAGGACACCCAUAAGGCUUGCUGUCUGCUCAGACUUGCCUUGGGGGUCACAGAUGAUGGGGAUGGAGGAGACAUCGUAGGCUCAGGAGUGGGUGGUUCCUUGGCAACAAUGCCCUUCCAGGUGCUGGAGUCCCUGCUUGAGGCCACACCUCUUACAACCGAUGACGGGCUCCUCCUGAGACGCAUGUGCCUGGAGUCAGGAGCUCUGCAUCUGAUUCUGGCCUGCCUUGCCGCGCUGUCUCACCAGGACACCCCUGAAGUGGUAUCUUCCCUAUACCACCAGAAUGUUCCAAUUGGCUUGGUGGUGGCGACAACCAGAGCCACCUGCGUUGACUCCCGUGAGACCAUUGGCAUG